UUGUGUUGCUGGGAAUACAACUCAGGUAUGGAUGCUGAGUCAUUCAUUUAAAUUGUAAAGGUAGUAUAACUGAAAUUGAGAUUCAAAAAUGCCGUAAACGGUUUAUAAAAUAUCUAUUCAGCCAUCUAUCUGUCUACUUUAUUAUAGCUUGAUGGGGGACCUCUGUGGUCAACCAGUGGCUGGUUGCAGCUGGGACGACUACAGCUCGACUUUUAUUGUGAAAGGCGCGCUUCCGGCCCCGCCGCAGCCCGCCGUGCUGUGCGCAGACUUGCCGCAGCAGCGAUGUCUCAUGGCAGAUCCGCAGCCAGUCCUGAAAGUAAAACCAGUCGUCAAACUCCCCGCACCUCUGUAGCCGCCGUGUGACUGGAAUCUUCCCCAGCGUCGUCGUGAACGUGAGACAACAAGCAGCCGACAGACAUGGUGGGAAGCUAACUUUCAGCGAUGGGCUCCUUGUGUUGUUCCGUUGCUACAACUUGGCCGAGUCCAGCAGCCGUUCAGCCGACCACACCCUCCCCGCUUCCUCAUAGUCCUGCAGCGGGAGCGCGCAGCUCGACUUUGAAUCUGUGGGAAUAACGGACGCUACUUCCAGCUUCGCUCACGGUUUGGUGGCCGUCAACCUGCCGAGACAAGUGACUUUAACUCGCUAAGAGGACCGACUGGCAUGGCUGUGAGCGGCGAGUCCCCACAGAGGAUAUGCGGGGCCACACAGUCUGUGGUCCCGAGUUAAGCCGCGGAGGAGCGGGAGGGCGGACGGGCGGACGAUGCAUAUGGAGUCGCUGCGACCGGAGCAACUGCUAGCUUCUCACCCAGGGCUGUGUCUGAAGAAGAAGAGGUUGAAAGUGGACUGAGGGGGCUGUGUUGAGGGAAGAGUCGGCUUCUCGGUGGAUUUUACUUGGGAGGACUCAUGAAAUGAUGGUGCUGGAGGGAAACACAAGUCUUCCCGCUGUCCAGAAGAGCUGCCCGGGUGGUGCCCUGUUUGUUACCAGCAUGAGUACACCAGGCCGGACACACUCAUCGGGAACACGUUGGACGAGAUCUCGGUGCUGUUUCAGGCUACUUGCUGUGAUGCGAGUGGACACAAAAUGACAUCCUGUUGAACGUAGUUGUAAAAAGGCAUCUAACGUCAUCAGUAGUACACAGGCAGUUCAGCAGAUGUAAUUCCAGUUGGGAAUGUGGUCCUGAUUGCAAAGAUAAGGAGAUUUUGACAUUAUUUUUUAUAAUUCUCAGUCUGCACUUUGCCUUUUAGAAGGCACCUUGGUGGCACUGCAGUUUGUGUGUGAUUUUUUAAUUUUUCUUUUUUAACUCAACAACCUGUGAAUUCUUCUGGGACUACAAUGAGAAUAUUGACUUUUUGGAUUAUGAUGUUCAGGGCAUUUAAAUUAACUUGUCAAGAUAAGAGCCUGUAGCUUAUUACACUGAUCACGCAGAAAUUGUGUUGUCAUUGUAAAAUCACUAAUAACCAAGGCCAAUAACUGGGAACAUGCCAGAUCAUAGUUUCGACUUUUAUUUUGAUAUACUUUAGAGACACACACAUUGAUGAUGGGGAUGUCAUUCAAACACAAGUAAAUGCAGUAAUUGAGUUUUGCUCUUUCUACAUGUUUACAUUGAGAAUACAUGUCCUGUGUAUCAGCAUAUAAUGUACAGCUGAUUUCCUAUACUCUGAAGGAAUUUGAAGAAGACUGUUUGGCCAGUUGUUAUUUAAACACGUCUGUAAAAACGCAGUGUGCUGAGGCUUCAUGGGAAUUUAGACAUGUCUUGAACAGUACAAUGCAGCAGCAGCAGCAGUCAAAUAUAGAUAAGUGAACCCCUCCAGAAGAGCAGUUUGACCCUCUCUCCCCCACCUCCCUCCUUAUUAUGGCUAGUGGUGGUUCUGGCAAAUCAGCUAGCGAGGGAUCAACCAGCACACCCACUGGCAGUUUGCAGCAGAGGAAGCGUCUCUCCUCCGUCUGUGACACAUGUAAGGGCAAGAUGCAGCUGGUGGCCGACCUCCUGCUGCUGUCCAGCGAGACCAGGCCGGUCAUGACCUCUGAGGGCGUGGCAGUGGCCGACACCUUCGACCAGUGCCGCGACACGGUCAUCGCCAGGACUAAAGAGCUCUCCAUUCUCACCCACGACAUUCAGAGCCAGCUCAACAUGGGCCGCUUCACAGAGGUGGGGGACCGCCUCCUGGAGAUGGCAGACUUGGUGGUGUCUUUGACGGAGUGCUCAGCCCACGCUGCUUACUUAGCAGCCGUGGAGACCCCCGGCUCGCAGCCCUGUCUGCCGGGUCUGGUGGACCGCUACAAGGUGACCCGCUGCCGGCACGAAGUGGAGCAGAGCUGCGGCCUCCUCCGAGUCACGCCCUUGCCAGACCUCACUCCACAGCUCCUCCUCGAGCUCUCUCAGAACAUCUCCACCAACCUCAAGAAUCUGACAGACAUCUCGUCACUGGCUAGCGAGAGGUCCAGGGAUCGCUUUGCAAAAGAGCAGUUCAAACUGAGCGUCAAGAGCAUGAGCACGAGCGGCACAGCCUUCCUGGCGUGUGUCAAAGAGGUGAAAACCCAGCCCAGUGAGCUGACCAGGAACCGCUGCGUCCUCUUCAGUGCUGCUCUGGUCCAGGCUGUCAGCGCCCUGGUCGGGUUCGCCACAGAGCCCCAGUUCCUUGGAAGAGCUGCAAGUAUCUCCACUGAAGGGAAGGGGGUACAGACUGCAGUGUUAGGGGGGGCCAUGAGUGUGGUUUCAGCCUGUGUCCUCCUCACUCAGGGCCUCAGGGAUGUCGCACAGCAUCCUGAGAGUAGCUCCAAAAUGGCAGACUACCGCGAGCGCCUGCGUAACUCAGCGUGUGCCGUGUCAGACGGCUGCACUCUGCUCACUCAGGCACUCAGAGAACGCUCCUCUCCAAGGACGCUGCCGCCAGUCAACUCUCAUUCUGUGAAUUAGUUUAGGAAGAGGCGGCACGAGCUCCAGUCGCCUCUGUCCUAUCCUGACGUACCAAAGAGACUCACCUGGGUUGUCCCUGUUCAUCAGGUGUAGAGUCAGAGUAACAUCAGAAGAAGGCUGUCUGUGGGUCUGUUCGUGUGGUUGAAGAGGAGCACUAACACAACCACUGCAGGGUUUAGUGUCGCGCUGGAUGUGACGCAGACCUUGUUAGAAACUGACCCGGGCUCAGCUGACAGCCCGCUCUCACCAGCAGACAGCAGCCUUCAAACCUGAAAAGUUUACCUCAGUUUUCAGCUCCGGUGAAAACACCAGCCUUGAUGAUGGAUGUAGCCUCGCUGUGUGAACCUAUGGUUGGCUGACAUGUGCUUUGUGAGAUUGGAAAGAGUGAUCUGAGUGUCUCAAUGCUUGUUUUUUUUUUUUUUUUUUUCAAUGUGUGAAUUCUUAUUUGGUAAAAGCUGCUGUGAGUGUGUGCCAUAGGUUUUACACUAUUUACCAGACUUCCCAUAGUAUUUUAAAGUGUUUUGAUCGUGCAUGUAAUGGAGUAUUUAUUUCAACUAUUAAAAAUGUUGUUUCUGAUAUGCUG